AUGGCUACGUUACUCUUCAGCAUGAGGUGCUUUAAAGAGGCCUUUGACAUCUUGUACCUCAUUACUCAUAAGCUUAAUAAUUUCAUGGGAGAGCAAAUCGAUGUCUGUACCCAUGUUCUCUUCUUUGCCAUAAGCUGCGCCCGUUCUGCCGAGACUCCACUGCAGAACGUCGCUUCGAAGGAAAUUGCCGAGCAGCUAGAGGACUGGAUGGAAAAGAUACAAUCCUAUCUUGGCUCAGAUCAAGUAUGUCAUAUGCGAAGCCUGCUUCAAAUCGGCAUGGAUGGACUGAAGGACGAAACCCUCGAGCAGGCAGCUUACUGGGCCGCUGUCACAACGGUUUCUCCCUCAUGGGUUGCUAUAUUUCCUAUGUGGAUUGAAGGAACACAACUCAGUCUCCGAGCCUUUCUCGACUUUUUCUAUCUGUCUCCAGAUAUCCAAACGACGAUGCUGCUAGCUCUCGACUGGAUGGAAAGAUGCCUGCGAUGGCGACGGCCAGAACUGGAACGGCUUCUUCGACACUACUGGCUUCCUGAUGUCGCAAAUACUACGAGCUUGGCACAGACUCUGGUGUAUUGGCUCUUGGAAGGCCAUGUGUUGGGCGCUUCACCAUUCUGGUCUAAGGUAACUGCUCUACCUCCGUUCCGGGGCACGGCCGGAUUUUAUGGCGGUUUUAUGGGCAAACUUUGGUGUCGUUAA